AUGGUGCAGAAGAAAAUAAAAGUCUUCCCACCCACCAAUGGUGGAAGCGGUGAUGGGGAUGAUCUGCUUCAGCAGGUUGGCGAUGACGAAAGCGCUGUGCCUCCACGAUGGACGGCCGCUGCCGUGAGGAAGCGGGAACAGGUGCGCUACGGAGGGCCAAUCAAACCCACCCAACAGCAGGGAUCUCGUCAGCAACAGCAGAACAAAGAAAAGGUUAUACCGAAACCACGGGUCUGCAAUGUGAUAUUUCCUCAUGUGAAGACUUCCACUGACAAGACGACAACAUCCCUUCUAAACGGUGAUGAAUCAUAUUUACCGACGGCUUGGGCUGCGGGUGGUGGAAGCGCCAACAGUAGCGGGCUUGGCUUCAGCAGCCCCAUCUCGAUCGGUGGGGUCAUGCCGCAAAAGGCAUCUCGGCAUCUUCCGCUCGCUUCAGCACCUGAUCCGUUUCUGCUCCGACAGUCUGGUCGCCACCCACCGCGGCCUGAGGCUCUCAUUGUGCACCCGCAGGGGUUCCGUAUUCUUAAGAACCGCAGCGUGAUGGAGCGAUCGCUGCGCAGCUACUUUCGCCUGCCGCCUGCCCCGAGCGCGUACCUUACGCAGGAACGCAUGCGUGCGCAGCGGCAGCUGCUGACAGUUGAGAUAGCAGAGGACGAAGAAGAAUCGCGAUUCUUUGGGGCUACGGUGGACGGCCCACUGGGGCAGCAGCCGAUUGGCUCGUCGCCGAUGCAGCGGUGCAUGCUGCUGGACGGCUUCAUGCUGCUCUGCGCAGGUGGAAAGCCGGAACCUGAGGCCGUGGAGGCGGUGACGCUGCAGUGCUCACACCUCGUUGGCGUUAUUGAGGAUGACCUGAUGCACUUCUUGAACUUGCGUUUCCUUGAUCUGAGCGAGAAUGAGCUUCUACUUGAGCAUCUCCUCUCCCUCACCAGCCUCGAGGUGCUUCACCUUGCGUACAAUAAGAUAAAUACCCUUGCGGGUGUCACGUGUGCAGUAGAGGAGCAACAGCAGAUGCAGGAGACUAACGGUGGCACGGGUCGCAGCAGCAGCCUCAGGUGCAGCGCGACGCACGACAGCACAUCCAUUCGAAGUGCCGCAGCAUACUAUGCUCAAGAGAAGCAGACGCGGCCUACGACGACGACAACAAUGACGGGUGUUCGAACGGAUGAUGACGUGCAUCACCGCGCUCCUAGAAGUCGUCAUUCGGGUGGUGACAAGUGUAGUAACAGCUCUGGCAGUGGUCACCCUGUCGAUGGCAUUGGUUAUUACUCACCACACCAAAAACCGAUUAGACGCGUACAUCAGGUGUCAGAGUGCAGUCUCCAUGAUGUUCUCUUGCCCAACCUGCAUGCGUUGAAUCUCUCCUUCAACAAUAUCCCACCAGGGGAUAUUCUGCACCUGUCAUACUUCCCAUUUCUUGAAAAGCUUGACCUGAGUGGAAACAACCUGCGGACUCUGCCGGAGGACCUCGCGGGGCUCACGAGUGUGACGCAUCUCGCACUUGAGCGCAAUCAAUUGCGCGACGGAAAGACAAUAUUUGCCGCACUCUCUACGAUGCCAGCGCUGAUCGAAGUUAACCUCAACCAUAAUGAGCUGCGCCACGUGCCACCGCUGUCAGUGAAGGAUGGCCGUGGCCUCUGCUUUCCCACGAUUGAGGUGAUUGGGCUCGGCCAUAACCGCUUCUCGACUCUGGGGGACGUGGUGGCGCUCAGCGAGCUUGUGCGAACGCUGCAGCGCGUGGUGCUCGCCGGUAACCCCAUCGCCCGCAAGCGCAAAGAGCGGGGUGCGACGCAGGCACACUUUGCACAGGCUGUGAUGAACCUUUACUGGGAGCAGGCCGGGAUUCGGAGUAGUGGAGAGUAUGGUGGUGCCAGUUACUUUUACGGUGGCCCACUGCACAACGAGUCAGCGCUACACACGCCAGAACACCGUGAACACCAGCGGCACGAGGGGGAAAACGAUGUGGAUGUGUCGGAUGAGCAGUACCAUGGCUUGGACAGCCUUAUUGAUUCGUGGCGACAGUAUGAAGAAAGGGGACUGAACUCCAAAAAUUCCUCGUAUCGUCGUCGUACAGAUCAGUUUCAUGAAGAGGGCGAAUCAUUUUACGCUGAUGAAGAUGGAAAAGGUGCAAGUUUCGAUCACACCGCGUCAUCUGCGCAGAUUCCCCCACCGUUUUCUCUAUCACUGGACGAAGGCAGCACUCUCAACAACAUCUUCUGGUACGGAGAUGCAGAGCCCCCCUCUGCGCCCCGCAUGACGACGGCCGAUGACAAUCAUGCGGCGCCGAGAAUACCGACACCAUCACUCCUGCGGUUUGUGGAACUCGUCUUUGACGAUACGGUGAUGCGAAAGCAGAAGCCAAGCUAUUUCUACGCCAAGAGACGCCAACUCGUUGCAGAGAACGAAGGCCAGAAACAGCUACAUCACCACCCGAUUGAGGAGGAGUCUGCGCUGCCGUCGUGGAUGGUGCACCCUAAGACAGGACUUGUCACGGUGCCGAACUACAGCGAGUUCAUGGACAUUUACCGCCUCAUUGAUGAGUCGGCGAAGUCGCUGCACGGGUCUGGAAAGCGCUCGUACAACACCACCGCACACAGGAGGCAGCGGAAGCGCAUGGCGGAUAUUGUGGUACCACCAAAGCCGGAGGAUGAGGAGGAGGAAGAAGAAAAGAAAGAAACUGAUGCAUCUGAGGCGGUACCCGCACAAGCAGCAGAGUUGCAGGGCGAUGAGACUGAUGAUAGUGAUGCAGAUGCCUCGUCAUGCAGAAGUGUGUCCUCACGGGACGUUGUCUUCAUGACUGGCGUGGCGCUACAGGAGGACGACGGCGAUAGGGCACCACGAAAGAAAAAAGGGAAGAAAAAGGAAGAGGUGUGGAAGCAGCAGGUGCAAGAAGAUCUUCACCCGGUGAAGGAGGAGAAUAUCAGUGGUGAAGCGAAUAGACAAAAGCAACAGAAGCAGAAGCAUUUUCAUCAACGUUCCUCACCAAAUAGGCCAACAAGGGACUCCUCACCGCAAGCCGCUGAUCCCCCGAGUACAAAUGUUCGCAUUCUUAUGAAUGAGCUUCGCCGCAUGUUGCGCCGUCCAUUGCCGCCUCUCCCCCCUGCUUCCUCACGACAAGCGACAUCUGGGAAUGCGCAGCCGUUGUGA